UCAUCCGCAGAGAGGGUGAGAGAUAUUUUCAGGUAAACCAAAAUUCUCGAUAAUCAAAACACGAAAUCUCCAAUUCCCAAAAUUACCGAAAAACAGUUAUCAUUGUUUUCUCCAUUUUUUUCUCUUCCAGUCACCAUUCUUCAUCAAUCAUUUCUCCCCUAAAUUCCCAUUUCUUCAACUUUCUCACAAAUCCGUCAACCCCUUUUCUCUCCUUUUUUUUUCUUCCCUAACAAAAAAAUUAACAACCCAGAAAAAAAUCAGAAUUUUCCGUUUAGAAAAUCAUCUUUCCGGUGAUGUUUCGGGGGUAGUUGCUAACGUGCGCCGUUACGGGACUUUUUUUAAAAUUAUCUGAGCCGUCCACGUGGAGGUUCUGGAUUGUUCGAGACCGUUUAGGAUGGAGACGGAAACAAUGGGGAAGAUGAAUUGGGGUACGUGGGAAGAGCUAAUACUUGGUAGCGCUGUUCGCCGGCAUGGGACCAGAGAUUGGAACGUCGUCGCAUCGGAGCUCCGUGCCCGGACUUUAUAUCCUCACUGUUUUACCCCUGAGGCCUGCAAAGCCAGGUAUGAGGAGUUACGUAAGCGCUACUCUGGAUGCACUGCUUUGUUUGAAGAGUUGCGGAAGCGACGAGUGGAAGAAUUGAAGCGGGAAUUGGUGAGAUCCGAGAGCUCCAUUGGGUCUCUUGAGUCAAAGAUUGAAAGGCUACAGGCUGAGAGAGAGCGAUCUGAUCAGAUCCACAGUUUGAGUCGCACUGAAUCUCCUGCUCCUCUGACAAAAUCAGAAGAUAUUGAGUCUUCUGUGAAAGAAGAAGCAAAGGAUGGGUUGUCUGCUGGCAGCUUCACGCUUGAUAUUAGAACAGACGCGACCCCUGAGUCUCAGGUUCCCACCAUACCCUCAGCUACAGAGACAGUCGUGAAGCUAGAACUUUCAGAGUCUUGGGGACGGGACAAAGCUCCAAGUACAAGCAAGGUUCCAGAGUCUGCCAAUGGAAAUGGUGGGGCUGUGAGGAAGAGAAGAGGCAAGAGGAGAAGAAAAGACACGGUUUGGGAUGCCAAAGAAGGGAGCAUUGAGGACAGUGACAAUGUAUGUUCAACGAGUCUCGCCUCCACUUCUCACUGUAAAGAAGUACUAACCAGUUGUGAUCAGAGUAUUAGGCGUUCUGCUGCAAGUGAUCAUAUAGUAGGUAUAUCUAGGUUUAGGAACGAUGACUUGAUGAAGAUUUUCAAUUCUAUUACACAGCAUGAAGCUGCUAUGGUCUUCAGGCAUCGUCUUGAUAGUCAGAAGAGAGCAAGAUACAAGAAAAUGAUAAGGCGUCAUAUGGAUAUCGAAACAGCAAGAUCAAGACUAGCCAACUGGUCCAUCAAAACACCAGGUGAACUCUUCAGAGAUUUCCUUUUACUAGCCAACAAUGCCAUGGUAUUUUACUCAAAGAGAACGAGAGAAUACAAAGCAGCAAUGGCCCUAAGAGACAUAGUCACUAGAGCCUAUCGGGAACAUUACAAAGGCUCUUACCACAAAGCUACAUCAUCACACCUUCCAUUGCCAAUAAUUGGUAAUCCACCUGGGAAGCCACGAAGUGUUCGCCCUCGUCCUUCCAAAGACAAACUUCAAGCCAAGUAUAGCAACAACAUCAUUGCUGGAACACUAGGAAGACAGAAUCAUAGACUUGGUGAUGCUGCUGAUUCUAAGGUACCAUUGCAAAAUCCCUUAUCAGCUAAGAAGGGCUUCAAGAGGCCCGGAAAAAUCAAGUGUGGAUUGACUACCGAGACUGUCAAUCCACAAAGUAAAGUACAAGCUAAGGAAUCCUCACAACAUAAUAUUAAGGUUAAAAAGGAGCAUCGAGUUAAGCCUGUGACCAAAGAGAGGAAGAGGGCUCGGCAAAAGUGAUUUGCUGAUUCCAUGAUCCUUGGUGUUCACUUACUUUUUGGUAUAGAAAUUUUCUGUGUAUCAUAAUUCAAUUUUGGGUUGCCAUUUUGAUCUAGGCUUCAUCUUGAUACAGGAGAAAUGCAGGUGUAAUAUAAUACUAAUCAAGUUGUGGAUAAUUAACUCCAAAAUUAUAGAAUUGUUCCUGAACUAUCUCUUCAUCAGGCCCAACUAUAUUAUGGAUAAAAAGGUCUUGUAAAAUAAGAAGCCCAAUGGUUGGA